UCAUUGCAUCAUUUACAUACAAUCGCCAUUUUGGAUUUUAUAUUAGCAGGAGCUAAGCUCUUGUAUCCGUGAAAUAUCAAGGACAUCGGCGCCUCUUUAAUCUUAAUCUCCAUUAUUUUAUUGUCUUUAAACAUUACCCAUUGGAACGGACCGGUGUAUAACGGUUCGUUCAUAGGGUACUUGGCAAAAGUAUCUCUGAUGUAUAUCUUGACAAGAUGUCCUCCUUCUCGGGGUUAGGCAAUAAGGCCGACAAGAACAAAGGAAAGUUCACAUCUAUCAACAUAAAUACAAUAUAUAAGGGCAAGAGUGUUGAACAGCAGAAGACACCAGUUACUCGACAACAUGGUUUGCAAAGCUUGGGUAAAGUGGGCAGCGUCCGGCGUAUGCCGCCUCCGGCCAAUCUACCAAGUCUGAAAAGCGAGAAUAGCGGGAACGAUCCGAACAUAACAUUAGUUCCAACAGGAGGAGCAGGAUGGGGCAACAAGGAGAAAGAGGAGAAGGGAGGCAGUGGCAGUCCGCAGCCAUCAUCGCAGCAGCAGCAGGUUACUACAGCGCAAUCUCUGGGGCAAACAAACAAACCUGUAGUAUCUGUCGCAGCAGUCACUGGUUCAGCGGCAGGGCCAGUACACACACCAACAUCUCAACAGACACCAACAGCAGUAUCAGCCACUGCAGGCACACCUGUAACUCCGGGGGGCACAAACAGUACUGGGGCAACAGGUGGAGUGAAGUCAUGGAGCAGCGUAACCAUGGGAGAACCGGUGAAGAAGAUAGUGGGGCACAAAUCACCAUACUUUCAAGACGAGUUUCCAACAUUAGCGGCAAGUGGAACAGAAGGCACAGACAAGCCGAAAGACACGCCAGACAAAAAGGAAGGCGAUACUGUAAAGGAGCAGCAGUAUGGACCAGGGCCAAGCUUGCGUCCACAAAAUGUCGGGAAUUGGAAGGAAGGAGGAGGUCGUGGCGCCAUGCAGCAGCCCUCGCCCAGCAAAGAUGUACAAUCUGGGCAGUCAUCUGGCCUAGAAAACCAGACCGAAACACAGCCGAAUGGCCCCCAGAUGUCCGGUGGAAGUGGUGCCGCUGGAGACUCCCCGCUGGUGCCUCAAAUGCCCGGCACUGCUGCCGGGAUUCCAUUGAGGCCAGGGGGUGCCCAGGGCCAGGGUGGACCAAUGAUGGGUCCACCACCGUAUGGCAUGCCACCUGGGUACAGGGGCAUGAUGCCACCUUAUAUGUAUAGAGGGUUCCCACCUUACCCACCGCCAAAUUUUCAAGGGAUGCCACCAAGACCACCAUAUCCUUACGAUGGAAGAUUUGCUCGGCACCCUCCCCCACACAUGCCGCCACAGCGUCCAAGCGGAGAGAAGACCGACGAAGAUGAAGAGAAGAGAGAAGAUUAUAAGAGACCUGCUAUUAUCACCGACAAAGAUAUUAAGGACUUUGAUGAAAUUCUGCAUCUGGAUUCCAAUGGUGGUUGGGCCAGUGCACAAGGAGAAAUAGACUACAGUGAAAAGCUGGUUUUCAGUGAUGAAGAAGAUGAUAAUGGUGAGCCUGGAAAGCGAAGUAGAAAGAGUAAAGGGGAAAAAUCUCAGCAGCAACAACUACAACAAAACGUACAGCUAGAGAAAGAGGGUAUGGAGGAUGAAAGGAAGGAGAAGAGAAAGGCAAGUGAUAGCGUAGAGACCGAGGAAGUCAGUGAGGACGGGUACAAGGUUAGUGAAGGACAGUCCCCUGGUCCAAGGGAAGCAUGGGGUCCUGCUGGACCCAUGCAUCCACAGUUCCGUGGUAGACCACCUCACCCAGCCAUGGAUGGGCGUGGAGGCUGGCAGAUGCCACCAUUUGAUUUUAUGGGACCAAGAGGGCCAUACCCACCACCUUACAGAAUGGCAAUGCCUCCCCAAGGUCCACCUCAGCCAGGACAGAGACCUCCGUUCCCUGGACAUCCACCUCCACAGCAGGGUGGAACCAGUCCAAGCAAGAAGGGAGAUGAUGAUGAUGAGAUGUGGCGGCAGAAACGUCAGGAGAGGAACCAGGAGUUCUCGACAGCGAUAGAGAGAGCGAGGCAGAGACGUGAGGAAGAAGAGAAGAAAAUGGAGAUGGAGAGAAAGAAAGCUGCACAAGAGAAGUUGAAAGCUCUUGAUGAACGAACAAAGAAGAAAGAUGAAAAUAAGUCGGAGACUGAAGGUGACGAGGGUGAUGCAGACAGUAAGGUAGAGACACGGUCGAGUAGAACAAGUGAAAGUGAGAGUGACAAAGGUGAUAGACCACUGUCCAGGGAUGGACAAAAAUAUCCACAGACUUCUCAUAGUAAAAGUUACUCCAGAGUUCCACCAAGGUUCCAGAAACAGCACUCCGGUGGAGAUCAACCUCACUCGCCACAGACCUCUCAGCCUGGUCCCACCUCACCACAGCCAAUGCCAGCACAGAUGAGACCUGGCCAGGGACCACCAUCACCUUGGGGACCCUAUCCUUGGGGUGCUAUGCCACCACACCCAUUCAUGGGCUAUGGUCCAAGACCACCCAUGGAUAUGCAAGGUAUGCCAAUGUACCCUGGUGUUCGCCGUAGUCGGACAGACAGUCACGGCUCAGGGACAGAGAGCCAAGAAGAGGCUAGGGAGGAGGCACGUAGAGCUGGGUUCCAUCCUCACUUUGAGGAUAUGAGGAGACAGCAGUACAUGGAACAGAGGUUGUACCAGGAUUACGAGAAAAUGGAGGAUUACAGAAGGGAUUAUGACAAGGCAAAUAAGAGUAUGGAAUACUACCUACAUAACAGUGGUCAGUAUGAAGAUAUCUCUGAUCAGGAAAAUGAGAAUGACUUUAUCGAGCCCGAGCCCAAACAGCCAGUCAUACAGAAAGAUCCGUUUGAGGACAGCUCUGACAGGGAUGAGAGACGCACACCAUCUGACAAGGGAGACAGAAUUACUGAACAAGAGCACAGGACAUUGCCCGAUGUGAAAGAAAGGGAAGAAAAGAAAUUUGAGGAGAAGGAAUCAAGGGAAGACAAGUUUGACAGUCGUCAGAAAGAUCGUGAUGUUCCAAGUCAAAGAGACAAAGGUAGAGAUAGGAGAACAGACAGACAGACAUCUAGAGAAAGUGAUAAAGAGAGAUCUGAUAAGAGAGAUGGUCCAAGCAGGACAGACAAAAUUGACACUAGGCAUGAGAAAUCUGAUAAACAGGAGGUUAGGGAAAGAUCGGACAGCAAACGUGAUAAUUACUUUGAGAAAGCUGAUAAGGUGGAGAAAUCUCGAGAUAAGAUGGAUAGACAGGAUAGAGGUGAUAGGCGGGACCGAGGUGAUAGAAGGCGGAGAGACAACGAUAACAUUUGGCAAGGGGGUUUUAGACAAGAUGAGGGCAGACCUCACAAGCGUGAUCAUUACAAUGCUCCACCUCCAAUCACGAUGCGGGAAUCACAGCAAAAUACUCCACCACGCAGUAACUUUGUGUCCCUGAAGAGACCAGCCUCCACUCUGUCCAAGUCAGACUCUAGAGAAUCUCCAGCAAGUGAUAAAACAGAUGAUCAGGCCGCCGGCAAUAAGGAUCAGAACAAAGAUAUGAACAAAUCAACUGUUAGUAAAGAUGAGGUUACCAAGGAAAUGCCUGACAAAGACAACAAACCAGAACAAUCUGAAGACAAGAAGGAAAAAGAAAAGAAAGAUUCCAGUGAAAAGGUGGAAAGAGUUGAUCAAAAGGACAGAAGGGAUAGAGAUGACCGUCGGGAUCGUGACAAGACGGAUCGUGGGGACCGCUUACACCCUCCUGCAAAACGUAUGAGAGACGAGCCGAGAGAACAGAGGGACAGAUAUGAUAACAGGGAGAAGUAUGACAAUAGAUAUGACAAUAGGGCACGUAGUGCUCCAAGAGGAAGAGAAUUUGUGAGAGGUGCUAGGAGUCGAGGCAGAGGCCGUGGUAUGAGAGGUGCUAGCACAGGGGAGCGGGGCUUCCCUAGCAAUAGACGUGGUGCUCCUAGUGGACCUAGUGGACCUCCAAGAGGCAGUUCUAGAGAGUACAGAGGUUAUGAAAACCAUGCAGACAGUAGAAGGGAUAAUCGAAACCGUGGUAAUGCACCGUCAUAUGCUGACACUGCUAAACCUUUCUCCAUUGACAAGUGGGGUGAGGAGCCAGUGAAUGAGACAGAAGUUCACAAGAGGAGGCGAGACAAAGACGAGGAAAGUGAUAUUUCCGUGGAAGAAGUGAGUUCAGGUAGCGAGGACUCAAAUAAGGGAGAUAAUGAUAAGCAAAAGGUUGAUGAUAAACCAGUGACUGGUCAUACUUCAAAACCUCGGGACAACAGACAGUACCAUCAGAGAGAUCGUCGAGACAAUAGACACGGGGGAGACGAUGGUGACAGAUACAGCAAGGGAGAUCAGCGUUCACCCAGAGAGGACAAGUUUGCACAGAGAGGUGAACCAUCCAGGAGAGGCCGAGGAGGUAGUUCCGCUUACAGAGGAGGAAGGGGAGCAAUGAGAGGUAACGAUCGUCGCUAUAACUCCGCCCCACCAGUACGUGGAGGUGGAGGCUUUGGUAAACCUCCUGGAAGAGAGUACCGAGGACCACCUGAUGAUACUAGAAAUGAAAAUAGGAGAGAGAGAAGAGGGGAAAGAAACUCGCCCCCACCAAGAUUUUCUCGUGGUCGAGGAGAACGUGGUGGUUUUGAUCGCGGUGGGAGAGGUAGAGGACGUGGCCGAGGUACCAGUGCCCCUUCAUCCUCUGGUAAAGCCCCUCUGACCAAACAGAACUCUUCUGACAUGGCAAAUGAGGAAUGGGAAACUGCUUCAGAGAGUAGUGAUGUGUUAGAUAGGAGAGAUUCAAAAAACGAUAUUAAGGACGGUCGUGACAAACGUGAUCCGAAAAAAAGCUUUUCUAGUCAGAGACCGCAAAAUGAUAGACAAAAUAGACGUGUAAGCUCGUCGGAUCAGCGUGGUGGGAAUAGAAACUAUGAUCAUUCAAAAAACUAUCAUAAAGAGAGGAUACCCAACUCCUCGCUGACAAAAAAUGGGUUUCCACCACAGGCAAAAAACGGGAUGGGUGGGGGCAAACGACCCCCACAGACUGCCAAUAAUAAGAAAGAUAACUCUAACCAAGUGUACAGGGUAGAUGAAGUUGUGCCAGUGGACCAGAAUGCUAUUAAUAAUGCUAUUAAUAGCUCCCUUAAUGAUAAAAGUAAGCCUUCCCGUAGAGCAGAUCUCACAGAUGUAUCAAAACCACUGAAGAUGGAGAAGGAGAAGAAAGAUGCUCUUGCCAACAUUGACUUGAACAAUUAUGCCAGUGUGGUUGUGAUAGAUGACCAGCCAGAGGUAACCAUUGACGAUCCUAACUUCCUGUUUGAAAACAAUGACGGUUUCCAGGAAGUGCAGUCUAAGAAAGCUCUGAGGGGUAAACAGAAAGCCCAGGAGGCCGAGAACAAGAAACAGGCUACUGAGGGACAGGAAAAUAUUCUCAAGAAAAAAGAAGUGGUGUCUAAGGUGGUAGUAAAACCAAAAGGAGUGCACACUGCCACGGACAAACCUCGUCAGAGCUACAAACUUUCCAAGUUACCUCCGAGGUUUGCCAAACAGAGGGAACAGCUGAGAGGGGAGAAGAGCAAGAACCCUCCCGGGUCAUCAGGACUUGAUGAAGGGAUGCAGGUGUCCACAUUCAUGCCAAAAAUAGAAAACUGGGAUAACGAGUUGGCAAACAAUAUUCCACCAUUGAUGUCACAAGUUAUUAACACUGAAGUGAAACAGCAGGAAAUUGAUCUCUCUAAAAACAUGGGGAUAGGAGGUUACUCACCAGUGGUUGGUCAGACAAACCUGCAGAACCUCACCCAGAUGGCCCAACAACAGUCGCAGGUGGCACAGUCCCAGGCGUCCCUUACACCAGCUCCUGUACCCAGUGUCAAUGCCUGGAAUAAACCCAUCAAUUUUGCUGCUGUUACUGGCAUGCCGGUACAAGUACAGGUUGGCCAGGAGCCAAAGUUUGACAAAGGGGACCAGCAUGAUAGUGGUAUAGAUGUGAGUGAUCAUCCAAAUAGUGGAGGUUCUUCAACACGCAGCUCUCCUAGCACAGAAAAUAAAAUAGCUGUACCAAAGCUGGAAAAGAUAAAUGAGAAGACAGCAUGUGUGGAUGUAAAGUCUGAAAUGCAGAAAUCUCAAUAUGAGACCAGUCCUAAACCUCAGAGACAGCAAAAGCCAAUCCGUAGUGAGAAAGUGAGUGUGAAAGACACAAUGAAUAAAGUGGAUAAGGCGGUCAAGAAACCUGAAUCUAAAAUCAGACCCAGUAACUCAAUGGAGAAACCCCAAGCUAUUCAGUUGCCACCUAGUUUCAAGGAUUCCAUAUUUGGGAAGGGAGAUGAUUCUAGUGAGAUUAAGCUAGACUUUACAUUUGACGCAGAGUUGGCAAAGUUUGCUGAAGAGAAGUCAGAAAUACAGGGCGACGACAUGCACGAGGAUCCUUCUCCGGUUGCCAUGACACUGGGAACUACGAGCAACCAGAAUAGCGUUAAUAAUGCUCCAACAUCACCAGCAGCACAGGAUCUUAACAUGAAGAUAGCCUCAGUCAAGACUGUUUGGGAUACACCUGCAGUACCAAAUGUUAGCAAUGUUUUUGAACAAAAUAUGUCAAGUGGUGUAAUGGGGACGUCGGCAGGUGUAAGUGUAUCCGAGACUUUCCCCACCUUCAGUCCAGCUGAUGUUGACAUGACUAUGGACAAUCAUUCAAUAGAUCUUGGUGACAACAUCGGGGUAGGCAGCAUGGAUGAGAAUAAUAGUAACAUUAGCGGUCCUACAACCAAUAUCUCCCCACGAGGUCAGGAUAACAUGGGCUUUGGUGGAGAACCCGAUAUUACCACAAGAACAUCUUUCUCGGUUGAUGUACCACCUUUCAAGUCACAGUUGCCCAGCGUGAACACUUUUUCACAAUCAGAUAUGGGCAAAGUGUUCAAUAACUCCGACAAUCAGGGCUAUAGUAAUACUCCCAGGGAUAUGGACGGAUUUUCUGUGGGUUCAGACAUGGGUCCAAAUUAUGGUCAGGCAUUUUCAAGUGCAGACUCGGCACACUCGUACUCGCAGGGGUUCUCAUCUGGCUCCGGUUCGGUACAGACAUACUCUCAGCCUUUCCCGGCAAGUUCCGAGACAUACUCCGUUAACAAUGAAGUGGGCAGCUUUGCUCAGACAAACCUCACCAACAUGAUGGAAUUGAAGACUUCAGCCGCCGAGAAAAGUAAUAUUUGUACUGUGAAACCCCAGCAGUUGCAGUAUCCCAGUUCCUCCAGUAGCAGUGGGAACCAGGCUGGUGUGGUAACAAGUGUAAAUGGAACCACUGACCCCAGUCCUCCAGUCCUCAUACAGAAUCAACAGCAACAUCCAUUCCAACCCUUCCAGCUUGGAUCACAGCUCAUAACUCCACAGGAACCUAGGUUGAGUCAUUCAAGCUUCAGUUUCAACCUGUCACAGUUGCAACAGCCUCAGCUUGGACAGCAGCCAUUCACUCAGCAGAAUUUGUUCAUGCCCACAACACCUACACAACCAGACCCCUACCAACAGUCGCAGGUUGCCUCGUUCCAGAGAAAUCCUCCCCAGCCGUAUGGACAGACACCAUCGCAACAGAAUACGAUAAUGGUGUCAGCGGCCACAUCAUCACAGAUGUCCUCGGCCAUUAAACCACCUUCUCAGACUGGAUUUGGAACUCCGCUUCCCAGUAAGAACCUCGGACCCAGUAACAUUGCCUUUGGUCAGUCUGGAUUGAACAAUUCUACCUUGCAACCAUCUCAAGUCUCCUUCAUACAGUUUGAUCCGAGCAGUCAGUUGUUUGGAACCAGCCAAAUCCUUGGCACAUCACAGACCCAGAAUGUGAACAACUCUCAGAUACUGGGCUCGAUGGUUCAACAAAGGCCAGCUGGGCUUCAGAUUCAAACCCCAUCAUCAUUCUACCAGCAGGCACAGCAAACUCCGAUACAGCCACCUGCUCCCUUGCAGCAGACUGGGUUCUUCCCUACACAGCAACCAAACAGCAGUCUGCAGGUGAGAGGACAAAACUUUGGAAACAGUACAAUCAAGCUUGGCGGGACUGACAUAACGUUCCCUGCCUCCAUCCUGCAGAACCUUCAGCAGUCCCAGCAGCCUCAGUCCGGGAGUCAGCAGCCUACAGGCACACCCACUGGGCCACCUCCAUUUAAUCCUCUCGCCUUUGGGACUCAGACCCUCAACCUGCCCAUGCAGCCUUCUGCUCAACUGCCUCCAGGACCUGGGCAGCAGAUGGGUAUUGGACUAGGGAAGUCUGGCGGCUUCUCGUCACAGACACAGAUUUCACCAGUUCCCUCAUCUUUGAAGUCACCACCAAGCAAUAUGACAACCACGACAGUGGCCUCUGCCCCAGUUCCAGGACAAAAUGUGAACUCCAAACCAUUUACCUCUCAGCUUACGAGGACUAAUCCGCCUCCACCCCAGCCCCCUGUAAACCAGCAGAACACAAAUAUGGCUGCCCAGCAGAGAUUUCCAACCAUGACAUUCAACAACCCAGUUCCACCAAGUACAGUAGCUCCUCCACAACAGUUUAACAACAAGUUUAACAGCUUUGCAUUGCAAGGAGCUAUGCGGCCACAGAUGAUACUGGGCAACAUGCUGCGACCUGGAGUUCCACCAGUGUCUUUUCCAAACCCUAUACAACGCCCGAUGGGUGGGGUACAGCCGGCUCGUCCACAGAGACCAAUGCGUCCACAGAGCACACCCGUAGUGAGUGUGCCAAAUACACAGUCCAUCUCGGAUAUGAAGGCCAAACAGAGGCAAGCCUUGUUGGCACAUACCCAGAGUUUCCUCAAUCCUGAUAACAAACCACGAGUGAAAUCGAAGGUUGAGGUCUCCGCUAAAGACGAGAAAACGAGCAUUUUGGCAACAGAAAGUUCAUCAACAGACAGUCAGGAUGGAGAGAAAAAAUAGAUGUUGAAAAUUUGGGAAAAAAGUGUUAAAUAGUUUUAGUGAUUUAUGUUACAUUGUUUGCAUGAACUUAAAAAUUACUAUCUAAAGAAUAUUUCAGAAGCAAGAAGAUGCGAACUUAAAAGUAAGCUGAAAAAUGAAAUAAGACUUCAGACAUGAAUUUAAGAAAAGACUUGAAAACAUUUCUUGCAUAAUAGUGAUUUAUCCAAAGAAAAUAAUGCAUCAUAACAAAGUGAUAAAAUACACAAUUGCAUUGAAUUUGUGUAAAAAUGCAUUUAAAAUGAGAUUGAGGUAAAAAAAUGUGAAAAUAAGGAUUGAUAAAAGAUGUUUAAAAUAGUAGCAAUGUACUCGAAGAUGACUGCCAAAUAGAUCUGCUAAUGGUUUUGUGCAAGGAGAGAAAGAAAGAAACAGUUCCUUGUUAAACAUAGAAAAGGAUUAAAAAGACAGUUGAAAUGCUGAUUUAUCUUUUUAAAUGUCAAAUUAGAAGUGACACUAAGCUUCAAGAUGAAGAGGAACAAUGACUGUUCAUUAAAGAGUGAGGAAUUAGUGCAAGGUUGAGGAUAGAUGUGUAAAACAGGUUGACAAUAUUGCAUACUUUGGAUAAUGUUUGGUAUAUUUAUUUCACUGUAUUAUAUUAUCAUAACUUCCAACUUGCAUUGUCCAAAGUUUGUGUAAGAUUGUUAUCUUAACCAGCUUGCAAGCUGAAUUAUUAAACACAGUACCAGAUCUAGCUAUGUUUUAAUUACACUAUCAUCAUGGCAUUGUAUAUAUCAGAAAAAAAGCAUUUUUUUAGGAAUUUUUUGUAUAGGAAGAAAGUAACUUGAUCAACUUGCAAAUUUGUAUAAAUAUAUGUCUGAGUAGCUUUAAUGUUGUUGUGAAUAUGUUUGAAAUAUAAAUAUGUAUGUAUAUUUUAAGCAUUUAGUUGUAUUGGAUUAAAAUAUGUUCACACUUUCUUGUAAAUAUCAUACAUUCAGUGUCCAUAUACAUUUGAUCAGACAAGAAAUAGAUUAUAUGUCAUUAUUUGUUGUAAAGCAUGGAUUAUGUUGUGUAGAAAAACUUAACUGUAAAAAGAGGGUUUUAUCAGUCAUUGUAAAUAUAUCAUUACCUUGUACAUAUUAUGAUGUAGAAAUCAACCCAUUUCUGGGUCUGGUACUGUGUUUAAUAUUUCAUUGGUAUGUCACAAAACCAUAAAAAAAACAUCGGACAGUAAUAUAGCAGUGCAGAUAGUAAUUGAUAACUCAUCUAAAAGUUAAAAGUACUUGUUGGAUUUAGAACAGAUAACUUAAUAUAGCUACACUUUAUUGAUUGAUAAAUGAAUUGUGUACUUGCUCUGCAAGAGGCAUAUGAAUUUUUGUAUGGUGUAUGGGGAGAUGUUAAACCAUGUCAGUAAAAGAACAUUUUAUUGGUGGUUUUGAAAGAAUAUACAAGGGAUGGAAGGCAUCCUAAAAUGGAAACAUGGGGAUGUACAGUAGUCACUGAAGUGACCAGUAUACUGUAUUUAUACUGGGAGAUGAAAAAAAUCCAGUAUGGUUGUAUUUGGGAGAAACAAAAGUGGAGAUGUCCACAGGAAGAAAUUGCAUUGGAUGGAAGACAUCCUUAAUUUUGGAGAGAGGGAGAGACCAUUUUAAUUUUUGAAGAAAAAUUUGGUUGAUGUGGGUUAUAUAUUGGUAUUGGAGGGAUUUGGCUUUUUAAGAAAGAUGAUUGUUAGAGAAAUUAAAUGGUUACAUAGACUUUUCUUACAAGUGGGAAACUUUGUUCUAGAAGUAGGUAUAAAGGGAGCCAUUUAAAGCCCAUGGUUUGUAGAAGUUAAUAUUUAAAACACACAAGAUUUUAUUUGUGUGGAGCUGUUAUCUAGUUGAUGAGUUUUUGGGCGAGAAAACUUUGUGGUGAAGGUUGAGGUAGAAAAUGGCUUUAAGCCCAUUGUUCUAACUAUGCCCCAGAUUAGUUAAAAAGGGAGGGAAAGAUGGAGAGCCCAUUGGGCGGUUUUAAUUUACUUGUUUUAUCCAUUUUAUAAACAAUGUGUACUUUUAAACGUCAUUGCCCCUGAUUGUUUAAAUGUAUCACAUGUGUAACUGACCUUUGAACCUUGACCUUCAUAAUGCCCCAUGAUAGGUGAGGUGACAAGGUCAGUUGAGUGAUUAUAUACUUGAUAUGUAGUUCUAGAUAUCAUUUUCCUUUUUUCUGUCUUAAUUUAUAAAUAUUUUAUGUGACACUUUUGGGUUGCACUGUAGUUGAGGUUCUUUAUUUUCAUUUUUGUACAAAAGAUGGUACAUUUAUAGACGUGUUGGAGCCCGUUGGUUAUAACUUGACAUCAAGUGUUAAUAUGUACUUAAAGCCUUGUGGCUCUGAUACCUCAUCGAGUUGUUGUAACUGCUUAUUUUCAUGUUGCUUCUCAUGUUUGGGAUCAGAGAUAGGAAGAUGUGCAGGCAGAGUUGUACAAAAUUCUGUCUCGAUCCAGCGUUUUCACCAUCAACUUGCAGUUAUUUUAUCAUAACAUAGCGUCAGUAUUGUCAGACAUGUACCUCUUGCAACAUGAUGACUGUAAAAUGUUUACUUGGUGUUUUUACCACAAAUUAACAAAAAACACAAAAUCAGAUGAAGUGGAUCAAUGGUAUGUCCGUGGGUAAAUGAAUGACUGUUGCUGCUAUGUUCUCGCUGGAAAUGUUAUAUUUUUACAUCACAGUAACACAAGUGAUUAUGUUCACAUUUAUUGCAUUAUAUAUCUAAAUACACCUGGAUCUGCGAAUUGUUAUGUUCUUUAACCUUAAAUAAUAGUUAUGUAACAAUUGAGUGACCCCUACUCUAUUGACUAUGUUAUCAGUCAGGGGUGUAACUGCUUCAAGUUAUCGUAGUUUAUAACCCGUUUGAGUUAUUGCUUAAACUUUCAUAACUUGUUUCAGUUAUCAUAAAAUAUUACAAAGUCCUAUGCCAAUUCCUCAUUUUAAAUGAGACUAAUGCAAUUAUUUCCUGAAUCCUUGACGGUUUAUUUUUCCAGCUAUGUAGUAAAAUUUUUAUGCAAGGCUGAUAAGUUUUGCGCAAAAGUUUUAAAGCUAUUAAACACUUAAUAUUCCAUUAUACUUAUCAGGUCAUGCUCAGACUAAAAGAGAAUUUGAUUAACCACAGUUUGCUACUAAUUUUACUUUAAGGGUCACUUCUUGAGAACAGCAAAAAGACUUUUCUUGAAUAACUUACCUGAGUUAAAUAUAUUUUAUAACUAAUACAGGUUAUAAAAUGCUUGAAAAUGUAACUGAAAUAGGUUACCUAACUUAAAACAGUUACUCCCCUGACUGGUUAUGUUAACUUUGGACACCUGCAGAAUGCAUGUAGUGUGAAUUUAAUUAAAGAAAAAUAUUUGAAUAGAAGUUAGAGGCCUGAAUAUCUGUGAUACAAUGAACCUUACAUACAUUUGUCUGAACCUUUUGGUAUAUAAGGUCAUGAUUAAUUAAUGAGUACUUUCAUAAACAGGUCUCUGGUAAGAUAUUUUGCAUGUAUGGUGAUUUUAUAUGUAAAAUAAAGGGAAAAGUGGAUUUUUUAUGUUUCAGUCAAGUACUGUUUAAUAAGAGAACUUAACAUUAAAAAGGCAUUUACAGUACAACUGUAGAAUUUGAAUGUGCAGGAUUAUUUAGAGUUGCCUGAUAAAUACGUCAGUGAAGUUCAGAAAAAAAAAUUAAAUGGGUAGUUGGAAAAAUGACAAUAGAUAAACAUUUGGUGCUGAAAUUAGGUAGAUAACAAAUUUAUAAAAUAACAUUACAUUUCAUAGCAAGUGGUAGUACAUUAUGUAAAACAUAAGAUACUGUAAAAUUAAGUUCUGUUGUCACAGACAGCUGUAUCUUGAAUGUGUGUACUGAAGUAAACUGGUAUCUGCUGAACAUUUUUGUCAGUUUUAACUUGAGUGGUCAAAGGACUUUCUAGGCAUUUAAUAUAUUUAUUUCCUCUUACCUGACUUGCUAGGAUAGUAAAAAAAAAAAGGACAGAUUUGAAGUAAACAUGUUAAAAUAUGUGUGUGUUUUUGCAUAUUACGAGAUGUUGAUAAUUUCUGACACUUCAAAACUUGUAUACCUUGGUAGGAAAUGUAAUGAAGGUUUAGCUUACACAAUAUUUAUACAACGUAUAUUGGGUAAUUUCAUAUGCUGUAGAUCUGCAAGGGUCACUUGUGUGAAAAUUGUAAGAAUUAUUGUUUUGUGCAACAUAAAAACUUGCUAUCAGCAUAAAACACAUGUCCAUCUUUUGUUUGUGUGAUAGUUACUGUGGUACUAAAAUGUUUUUACAAUUUUUCUUCCAUCAUUUUCAUGCUCUGGAAAAUAAAGGGCUCAAUGUGAAGAAA